AUGGGUCACCUCGAGCUGCUGGUCGUGGAGAACUUCAAGUCGUGGCGGGGCCGUCAGAUCAUCGGCCCCUUCAAGAAGUUUACCUGUAUCAUCGGCCCCAACGGCUCCGGAAAAUCUAAUGUCAUGGAUGCACUUAGUUUUGUAAUGGGAGAAAAAACAGCUAAUUUAAGAGUAAGAAAUAUUCAAGAACUUAUUCAUGGAGCACAUAUUGGAAAGCCGAUCUCUUCUUUUGCAAGUGUCACAAUUGUGUAUGUGGAGAAGAGUGGAGAGGAGAAAACAUUUACAAGAAUUAUUCGAGGGGAAGGCUCAGAAUUUCGUUUUGAUGAUAAGCCUGUGAGUCGAACUGUCUACUUAGCGGAGUUGGAGAAGAUAGGUAUAGUAGUCAAAGCGAGGAACUGUCUAGUUUUUCAGGGAACCGUGGAGUCAAUUUCAGUGAAAAAGCCAAAAGAAAUAACCCAGUUUUUUGAAGAAAUCAGCACUUCAGGACAGUUUAUAGGAGAAUAUGACGAAAAAAAGAAAAAGUUACAGAAAGCUGAAGAGGAUGCACAGUUCAAUUUUAAUAAGAAAAAGAAUGUAGCUGCUGAGCGCAAACAGGCAAAAUUAGAGAAAGAAGAGGCAGACCGUUACCAGAGUCUUCUUGAUGAACUGAAAAUGAACAAGAUACAACUGCAGCUCUUCCAACUAUAUCAUAAUGAGAGAAAAAUUCGUUUUCUGAGCAUUGAGUUAGAGCACUCGAAUAGGGAGUUGGGUGUCACAAAAGAGUCACUUUCUCAUCAGGAAGAUGUAGUUAAAGCCAAGAAGAGGGAACACGGAAUGUUAACUAGACAAGUACAACAAACGGAAAAAGAAUUAAAGAGACCGCACUCCAUUCAGCUAUCACAUCUCCUUCGGCUCCUCUUGAUUGUAACCCUUUCUUCAGCUUUCUUUGUGGUGACUGUGACAGCUCUGGGGAGUACUGCUCAGACAUUUUUUAUAAUGUCCCUCAAUCGGGAUGGAAAUUUAAACCAGAUACAAGAACAAAUAGAAGACCAUCAGAAAAAAAUAGAAAAGUUGGAGGAGUAUACCAAGACAUGCAGAGAUAGCUUGAAAGAGAAAAAACAACAAGAGGAAAUCCUAGGGGAUGAAAUUGGAAAAGCAAAGUCAAGAAUGUCUGAAGUGAAUGAAGAAUAUAAUCGUAUUGGAAGUGAACUACAGAAUGCUGGGAUUGAUAACCAUGAGGGAAGGCGCCAGCAAAAGAGAGCAGAGGUUUUAGAACACCUCAGAGGACGGUACCCAGAGUCUGUGUUUGGAAGACUGGUCGACCUGUGCCAUCCCAUUCACAAGAAAUAUCAGCUGGCUGUCACCAAGCUCUUCGGUCGGUUCAUGACUGCCAUUGUUGUAGCCUCGGAAAAGGUAGCGAAGGAUUGUAUUCAAUUUCUGAAAGAGGAAAGAGCUGAACCCGAGACAUUUCUCGCUCUAGAUUACCUUGAUAUCAAGCCGAUCAAUGAGAGAUUGAGAGAGAUUAAAGGCUGUAAAAUGGUGAUUGAUGUUAUAAAGACCCAGUUUCCUCAGCUGAAGAAAGUGAUUCAGUUUGUGUGUGGAAAUGGCCUCGUCUGUGAGACACUGGAGGAAGCCAGGCGCAUUGCAUUUGGUGGCCCUGAGCGACGGAAAACAGUAGCGCUUGAUGGAACAUUGUUUCUCAAAUCUGGGCUCAUCUCUGGAGGGUCAAGUGACUUAAAAUACAAGGCCAGAUUCUGGGAUGAGAAAGAGUUGAAGGACUUACGAGACAGAAGGACCCAGCUCGUCCAGGAACUAAAGGAUUUAAUGAAGACGCUUCGGAAAGAGACAGAUUUGAAACAAAUACAGACUCUAGCACAAGGAACUCAGACACGACUUAAAUAUUCACAGAGUGAACUAGAGAUGAUUAAAAAGAAGCACCUUCCUGCUUUUUGUAGGGAAAAAUCUCAGCUACAAAGUGAACUGCUAAAUAUUGAGUCUCAAUGUACUAUGCUGAGCGAAGGGAUCAAAGAACGUCAACAAAGAAUUGAAGAAUUUCAGAAAAAAAUAGAUAAGGUAGAGGAUGAUAUUUUCCAACACUUCUGUGAAGAAAUUGGCGUGGAAAAUAUUCGUGAAUUUGAGAACAAACAUGUUAAACAGCAGCAGGAAAUUGAUCAAAAAAGACUAGAAUUUGAGAAACAAAAAACUCAGCUAAAGAUUCAGCUGGAAUACAAUCGCAGUCAGCUGAAGAAGAAGCAGAGUAAGAUGGAUGUACUGAAGGAGACGGUCCAGAAAGGCAGAAAGGACGUUGAUAACCUGAAGAAGACUGAAGAAGACUGCCUGAAAAUUAUGGAUGAGCUCAUGGACAAGCAGCAGCAGCUGAAGAACGUAUUUGCCACUCAGAACUCCGGGGCUGAGAAAGCCCAUGCCCAGAUUGAAGAGGAACGGAAGAAGCUUCUGGCUAUUGAUAGGGAAGUGGGGAAAUUGCAAAAAGAAGUUGUGAAAAUCCAAACUUCUGUGGAACAUAAACGAUUGGAGAAACACAACAUGCUGCUUGAUUGCAAAGUUCAAGACAUUGAGGUCGUCCUCCUGCAGGGGUCCCUGGAUGACAUCAGCGAGGUGGAGCUGGGAACCGAGCCAGAAAGUACCCAGGCAACAGCUGACAUCUAUGAAAAAGAAGAAGCAAUUGAGUUGGACUACAGCUCUCUGAGCGAGGAUUUGAAGGCUCUCCAGUCAGACAAGGACGUGGAGGUCCAGCAUGCACUACUUCUGCAGCAGAUAGCCUCCCAGGAAGACGUGCUACUGAAGACAGCCGCUCCCAACCUGCGAGCCCUGGAGAAAUUAAAGAGCGUCCGUGACAAGUUUCAGGAGUCCACAGACGCCCCUGGGAUUGACCUGUGUCGUUUUGCGUUUCUGAGCCCAGAGAAUCCAGAAGAGCCGUACUUGGAGGGAAUUAGCUACAGCUGUGUGGCCCCAGGCAAACGCUUCAUGCCGAUGGACAACCUGUCAGGGGGAGAAAAGUGUGUGGCGGCGCUGGCCUUGCUGUUUGCGGUGCACAGCUUUCGGCCUGCUCCGUUCUUCGUGUUAGAUGAAGUGGAUGCAGCCCUCGACAACACCAACAUCGGCAAAGUAUCAAGUUACAUCAAAGAGCAGACACAGGAGCAGUUUCAGAUGAUAGUCAUCUCCCUGAAAGAGGAGUUCUACUCCAGAGCCGACGCGCUUGUAGGCAUCUGCCCAGAGGAAGACGACUGCAUGUUCAGCAGGGUUCUGACCCUCGAUCUCUCUCAGUACCCAGACACUGACAGCCCGGAAGACAGCAACAGGCACCCAGAGUCCCGCAAGGAUCGAGCGCCCUGUUGA